GUGUGAGCGCUCGUAUGUGCAAUUACGUAAAUUAAUUAUAGAUAGAGGCAAUAACAAUCUUAACCUAGACUAGUCCUAUGCUAGGCUCAUACUCAUAGUCAUAGAAAUGUGCUUUUCUCCGCAGGAUUGGAGUGUCAAUCGACAGAUAAAGUGAAUCCAUACAAUUCGUGUGGACUUCAAGUGAACAUGUUAAUUGUUAGAGGUUCAUAACACUAACAGUCGUUUACACAGCCAUGUUUCAUAAGGAUUCGUUUCAUAACACUGAUCAAGCUCGUCGGGUCGGCCGGGCAGGGCGAGCGGUCUAUGGUGUGCGUCGCUAAUCCAUCUGCGGAGCUCGGAGCCACUAGCAGCUAUCCAGUCCCGUGACGUGUGAUCAUACAUACUUAGACCUCUUCAUGCAUUUCUACAUUAAUUGGCAUCGCAUCAUUCUUAGUGAGCUUGUUCUAGAUUUCAGUCAUCCUUAUUUUUCACUCUUGAUGAGAAUAACUUGCUCUUGAGUCUUGUUUCCACGAGUCAACUGAUCUACAGUACAACUACAACUACGGUACAGACAGUCUACCGCCACCGGUACAUUCUACAAAACAACACACGUUUGUUUCGACCAAGUCUCAAGUCAAGACCAAGAAGACGGAGUAGCCUACUCUGACGAAAUUGAUUAAUGCGAUGGGGAAUCUGUGCUGUGCAAUUGAAUUCAUUUGAAUAUGUUGUAUGGUCGCUUGUUUAAGCGAUACAAUUUUUCUACACAAUGGAACUGGAAGAUUUAGCUACAGAAGCAUUCAGGCGAUCAAAUUUUGAGCUUGCCAGUGACCUAAUUGAUCGGCUUUUGGAAAAACAGGGACAUAAUAUAGAAUUUCUUCUCAUGAAGGGCGAUUCUCUUGCCAAUAUGGGGAGGCUGAAUGAAGCGUUGAGCGUGUACUCCCAUGCGUUUCGCAUGGGAGACAUCAGCAGUGAUAAACUUCAUGGAUUUGUUAAUGCUUUGGUGAAAAAUCUUAGCCAAAAUGCCGGGCGUGACAUCUCAAAAGAUCUUGGAAAGUUUUCCUGUUCUGUGUGCCGUGGUCUUCUUUCCAAACCAACAACUCUCCUUUGCGGACACACAUUUUGUAAAACUUGUAUCGAACACCAAUCAAAACGUUCUUGUGUUAUAUGUAAGUUCCCAUACAGUUCUAAUGGCAGUAAAUGUAAAAAACUGACUCUAAAUGUUACUCUUAGUGAUCUUAUUUUGAAGUACUUUCCCCAUGAAGUAAAGUCUCAGGAAAUCAAAUCAGCUGGUAAUGAAUUAUUCAAGCUGGGCAGACAUUCAGAGGCAAUGGAGAAAUACAGCUUCGCAAUAAAAACAGCACCGGGCGAUCACCUGUGUCUCAGCAACAGGUCCCACACUUACAACGUCCAAGGUCUCUUCAGUAAAGCCUUGCAAGACGCCACUACAGUAUGUCAGAUGAGACCUGACUGGGCAAAGGGCUUCUACAGGAAAGGAACAGCAUUAGUAGGCCUAGGCCGGCAAGAAGAAGGACUAGAAGCUUUCUCCAGGUGUCUCACGUUGGAUCCAUCUUUUCAUUCUGCAAAGGUCUCCCUCACCAAGGUCCUCCACACACUACUUCAGCCUGUCGAUGCGAGCAGUGUGAAAGCCAACGAGAUGCAACGGUCCCCGUCUCUGAGUAAGCUGUACGUCAAUGAGGCAUUCGAUGACGGGUUGGAGGAGGUGAACAGAGUGGAAGAACUGAGUGGUAGAAUGGGACCAGGAGAGGAGAGAGAAGAUGGGAAGAGACAGGAGAGUCCCGUCAAGCAUAAUGUAAAUACAGGCACAACCCUCGACCGGAGGAAAUUCUCACCGGUGGAAAGAAAAUAUACCAAAAAGCGCCUACCAAGUCAAACGGAUGAGCAAAUUCACCCUUUCACAGACGGCUCGUCUCCUGAUGCCAAAAACCAGAGUAAACGGUUCAAGAAGUGUCCCUUAAGUAUGCUUGGGAACAAGGGAUGCGGGGAGAGGGAACAAGUUGUGAAACCGGGGCCAGGAUAUACUAUACCCACUGACAUGAUUGAGAAAACAGACUUUGAAUGCAGUCUGUGUCUAAGGUUGUUCUAUCAACCUACUACUACUCCAUGCGGCCAUACUUUCUGCCGAGGAUGUUUGGAUCGUUGCCUUGACUACAGCCAGUCUUGUCCUCUUUGUAAGCAGUCUUUAACUGAGUACCAAGCAAUUAAUCGAGAUAAGAAAGUAACAUACAUCUUGCAAGAGCUUAUGGAGUCCUUCCUAUCGUCAGAUUAUGCUGAGAGGCAACAGAUCCAUAGAAAAGAACUCGACCAAGUAGCCAGUCAUGCAUUCCAAGAUGGCGGCACAAUUCCUGUAUUUGUGUGCACCAUUGCCUUACCCACAAUUCCCUGUCCUCUCCAUGUAUUCGAGCCACGGUACCGUCUGAUGAUACGUCAAGCUAUGGAGUCUGGAGCAAGACAGUUUGGGAUGUGCAUCUCUGAUGAUGAAAAUGAAUUUGCGGAAUACGGCUGCAUGUUGGAGAUCAACCAGCUGGAGUACCUUCCCGAUGGCAGGUGUGUCUUGGGGACAGUCGGAGGUAGGAGGUUCAAGGUCCUGGAGCGAGGAAUGAGGGACGGCUACAACACCGCCAAGGUGGAGUUCUUGAAGGAUACCAUAGCAGAAGGUGAAGGCGGAAGCGAGUUGCGGGCUUUGAAUAAUUCGGUUUACCAACAGGCUCGUACAUGGUUUGUCAAUCUGCCCAUCUACCAUCAGACCCGCAUUGUUGAUCAUUUUGGUCCCAUGCCUCAACAAGCCAGUGAGCCUCAGGCAAGUUUCAAUGGUCCACAGUGGCACUGGUGGCUCCUCGCCAUCCUCCCGCUCCACCCGAGGGUCCAGCUCUCCAUCCUCUCCAAGACCAGCCUGAAGGAGCGGCUCCAGGUCCUCCAACGCAGUCUCACACGCAUGACCAACAUCCCCUCCUGACUACCAUUCUCCCGCUCCAUCGCCUCAGCCCUCUGGCCCUGGGGUCCAUGGGGGCGUCUCUCGCCUGUUCUCUUUUUCCUUUUCAUCGGGCUCGCGCUUGGACUCUUGGGCCAUCUCGUGGAUCUGAUCUUUUGAAACUGUAAACCCAAUGACAUCGAGGGCGCUGUUGAAUAGCUAGUUCCUCAGAGAGAGCCUCAUAGUUGUGACUCCGAGAUGGCCAUGAAAAGAAUGCUUGUGAAGAAGAGGAAAGUGGUUCAAUGUCCCAUGUGUAGUGCUACUCCCGCAUUCUUGGAACGAUCUUCAUCUUGAACUUAAGGACAAGCUGGAGAUUCCUUGAGAGAUUAAGAGACCAGUUUGUAAUACUCAUAAAUGGCUCUGAUUGAGAAAUGCCAUACAACAAUACAUUAACUGAAAGAGACUUCAGAAUAAUUCCAAACUGUGAUGAUCACACCCCUAGAUAGUGAUCUUUUGCAGUGGCCAGCUUGUUCCACAACCUUGAAUCCAACACAGCUUAUUUGAAAUGGCUAUACAGCUCUACUCUGGAGGUGCUUAUGUUACUUCUCUAAGUGUCAAAGGUCACCAGAGAUCCAUGGGAAAUUAGAUUGCCGAUGAUGUCAUUGGCAGUUUUAUGGAGAUAAGUCUGUGGAUUGCGGAAAUGAGGAGCAUUUGAGGGAGAUACGGAAGGACCAGAAGAAGAAUUGAUGGAAUGGGAGCAUUGAUGGAGGCCAGAUGGGAUGAGCUUAGCUCUGCCUUAAUCCAUCUUAACAUAGAUAGAUGUUGUAUAUAUUUUAUAAUCAGUUGUAUAUAUCCCUUCCCUCUUUGAUACUGCUAAAUGAUUUUUGUAUGUUACUUUUUACUUUGUAGUUUUACAUUUACCAGUUCACUCACUCCAUCAUAUCAGAUUAACAGGUCUAUCUCUUUGUAUGUGCUAGUUUUUGCAUUUUCUGCAAGUCUGUUUGCCCUUAUUCAUUGAUAUCUGUUGUGCUUAGUAAAGGAAGAACUCAUGACAGAAGAAAUUAAAUGCUACACAAGAAUUUGGGGUACUUUCUUUCCUUUUUUCUACAUAACACUAUUAGCAUAUUUACAUGUACAUUAACAUGAUUUAGUUUCGUAGAUAGAGCAUGCCCAAUUACAGACCUAAGGUCUGUUUCAUGAAGACUAUUGUAUGGUAAUUUUGCCAUCAUUGUAACUAACAUGGAGAAAUUGAUUGUAGAUGGCUGCUGAGCUCUGGUACCAUGGUACUUGCCAUGGCCCUUGUACUUAUAGAAGUUACAUAGUUCUGACAACUUUAUCAUGUGCAACAGAGGUUUCACACAUGCCUACAUGUUUUGGUUUUUAACUUUCUGAGAUAAGCACAUUUCUGUCAUAAGAGUCUAUUGGUAGUUCAUGCAAUUUUCAAAGAAAAACAAACAACUUAGAAGUGUAAAUUUGAUUCUGCUUUUAUUGGUUGGAAGUACAUGAAGGUGGCCCCAGUUCUAAUUUAUUGCAGUUUGCCUCAUGCAUUUAGUGCUGAGUGGUUUACCAAUUAGCCUCUCUCACCUCACACUUCAAUAAUUUGUGUGUGUGUAUGUAUGCACAUUAGUCUUAGCAUAUAACUAAUCAGUAUUCUAGGCAUUGGGCAUUGAAUUUUGUACGUUUAAUUCAGGAAUACAUGAAGAUUUAAAGAGAUCUUAGGAUUUACCUGGGGAGCGUUUCAUCAACAUUUUCAUCCGACAAGUUGUCAGAUCUGACAUCUUUCCCUGAUUUUGAUUGGCCGAGAAGCAAUGUUACCAUGGUAACUGUCAGAUAAAAUGUGACUUGUCAGUCAAAACGUCCUUUCAUGAAAAACUCCCCAGGUCCCCAUCUUAAAAAGAACUUUUACUAUGGAAAUCCAUCUACAUGCAUGUCAUAAUUCAUAAAAGGAAAUGCACAUAUAUAUACAAUGUACUGUUAUUUGGGAACAAAUGAGCACACUGUCUGGUUUAAUCAGUGAUGGAUACAUGACUACACAUGACUUCAAACAAGAGUACAGUAUAUUCAAGAGACAUAGACAUUCUACAUGUUGGCAUUCCUGGCUUUCCAUAGUUGUGACCAAUCAGUGAGAUGGGGCCCAGUGGGGUGUUUCACAAAGAUUUAAGUAUGACUUAGAGUCGCACUUAAAUACCGAGUUGCUUACGGUAUGAAAGGCUUGACCGCAUUGGUCAGAUCGCGUCAUGAGUACACGCACGAAUGCGUGCCUAUCAAUAAGAUCGCGCGUUGCAUAUCAUGUCCGCGUCGGAAUUUAAGUGCGACUUCAGUCAUACUUAAAUCUUUGUGAAACACCCCCCUGAUGUUUAUAGCAACCGUUCAGUAUUGAUAAACCUGUGUAGACCCCAGGGAAUUUGAAAGAUAAAUAUGCGAUGCGACCGAUAUCAUCGAUGAUAACAACCAACUUUUCCGUUUGUGAGGUAUUAUGCCAUGCCAUCAGUACGAAAUGGCAUGAUACAUGAAGGUGGAAUACUUUUGUUACAGUUUGCUUUACCAGUCCUAAUUUUGCAAAGAAGUGAUAUUGAUGAUAAAAAAAAUGUGAUUGGCAGAAUGAAUACUCAUGAGUUUUUGUUAGUUCUUGCAAAGUGACACUGAAAUGAUGAAUACGAUAAAAGAUAUGUUGUAGGAUUAAGUUAUGCUGUAGGAAGUAAUUGUACAUAGCUAACUUUAUGUAGCAUUUGAAAGAAGGUUGUGUGUGGUGACAGUGAUAACUAAUUGUCAAAAUGCAGAAUGGAUCAUGAACAGGAUAUAAAGAUUAUGUUGAUAUAUUCCAAUCACAUGCUUAAGUAAUAUGCAAUUUAUUGUACUAAUCUGAAUAAGACUUGUCCUUGCUUAAAAGUGGAAAGGGGGUACAAGUAAGCACAGAGUAUAGGAUUUAUAUGCAUGUGAUGUAUCUUGAAUGAUCUUUUCAAUUUUUUAAUGACUGACAUUUGUUUGGGAAUGGUCAAAAUCAACCUUCCCUGAUAAAAUAUGUCUAAGUUGUGAAUGACAUCACAAAGAAAUGAAGAAUAGUCCUAUAAUGAUAUCUGCCAAUUGUUGAACUUGAUUAUAAGGAUAUCAAAUCUGGACAAAAAAAUUGGGUAUCUUGAAUACCCAGAUAUGGAUGAGAUUUUCUUCUUGUGAUUGGUCAAUUAUGCCUACUGCUUCUGACAGUUGAGCGAUGACCGCUGGUAAAUUUUGCUGGACCCCUAGAAGUUUGAGUUAAUUUAUAUUGAAAAUAGUGGAUUCAUUAUUGUUUAUUUAAUAUUAAAAAAUUGUGGGCUCAAGGAAUUCAAGACUGACAAAAGUGUCCAUUAUUUGGAUCUUUUGUCGAUGAAUAUGCUAAAUUAGAUGUAAGUGUGGUUUCUCAGCAUUAUCCAUGGUUUAAAACCCUGCAACAGUGUCGAGUGAGUCUGGACGUUAGCCUGUAAACCUCUUCAUUAUAUGAAAGUAUUGAAAUUCAAGCCUUAUUUCAAAUAUCCAGAACUUUGUUAGUUCUUGACUAUUUUUUGUAAUUGAGGUAUCAAUUAGCAGAUAUCGAACUUUAAAAAAAUGUGGUUUUCUUUCUUAAACCCAGAUACAGCUCGCCAAGUGACUUAUUGGAAUCCCCUCUUCAAAUUAUUUUUGCUCAAUCAUGCAUGAAUGAGAAAUAAUCUAGAUAAUUUCAGAUGAGAGAGGAGAUUCUAAGCUUUAAAAUGGUAGGUAAUUUGUCUAUUGUAUUUGUGAUUAAGUUAUAAUAAAUCAUCGAUAAAUCUCGGUUUCGUUUUUUGUACAAUGAUAAGUCAUUAUCUUUUGUUAUUCCAAUACUCGGAUUGCAUCUUGGAUAUCUGCCUGAAGUAAUGGAUUCUUUAAUUCAUUUACUCAAAUAAAUAUUCUUAAUGUUUACUUUAGAUCUGAAAGAAUAAAUAUUUAGAUAGUACAGUCCAGUAUAUAUGGCUCAUACAAACAAUACCCACUGAAAAGCCUAUGUUUUUUGUUUAAGAUACUUAUGUACAUCCCAUUUGUAUUUUUUGGGGGCAGGUUUUACUACAUGUAUUUUCGAAUAUUCACUAGCAAUGUGAUUUAUGUGAUUUAUAUUUUGUUUGCCUAUUUAAAUAAUUUUCUUCCAAAAAAUGUAUAA